GGAAGCCGACUAUGGCGGCGCAAACAACACUCGGUCGGAGCAAAAUACUGCGUAGUCAAGGUUGAAAAUAAAAUAAAACUUUAACCAAAAUGCAGUAUGUAUUCAGAAUUUGGAGGAUUUAAACUCGGUGUGAAAACUACUAUGCACGCCCAGGUUCCUGUUGUUCCGACGUUCAGGUGUUAAACUCGGCUAACUUUUAGCCGAGUUUGCUAACUUACUUUGCAGUCAUGGACUGUGUCGUGACGGGAGGAAACGUUAAAGUGUUGGCCAAAGCCAUCCACUCCCUGUCCAGGAUCGGUGAUGAGCUGUAUGUGGAGCCUCAGGAUGAUGCUCUGGCUCUGCGGUCUGUGAACUCAUCUCGGUCCGCUUAUGGUUGUUUCCUGUUCGCACCACUCUUCUUCAGCAGGUACACAGUCCCCAGUGAGAAUGAUUUCCGCUGCAAGAUGGCAAUAAAGAGUGUGCAGGCUGUGUUCAGGUCUCUGGCGUCUCUUGAGAAGACUGUGGAGAAGUGUCAUAUUGAGCUGGACAUGAAGAAGAACCGCCUCACCUUCACGCUGCACUGCAAACAUGGUCUCCUGAAGACACACAACCUGUCUUUCCAGGACAGUGAAAGUUUACAGGCAGUCUUUGAUAAGGACAGUUGUGCCAAUGUUUUCAGGGCCCAGCCCAGGCUGCUGGUGGACACAGUUAUGCAUUUUCCCCCAUCUCUGGAAGAAGUAACUGUUUCAGUGAAUGAUGAGCGAAUGUGGUUCAGGAAUCAUGUGGAUGAAGAAACAGAGUUGUCCAAGGCCAUGCUGACAGAGCUUUGUCUAGCAUCAGACGAGUUUGACCAAUUCUCGGUUCAAGCUCAGAGCAGCGUCACAUUUUGUCUGAAGGAGCUACGGGGUUUGUUGGUGUUUGCUGAGUCAACUGGUCUCCCUAUUUCUAUGUACUUUGACGAGCCAGGAAGCCCUGUGGUGCUUUCAGUAACAGACAGUGUCUUGGAGGGGAACUUUGUGCUGGCCACGCUUUCUGAUGAUCCCAACCACCAUAAAAACAAUACAAGACGAGCACAAACACCACCUUCCGCUCCUCCUGAUUUUGAGAAUGAUGACAUUGAUUCCUAUCUCAUCGCCAUGGAUACCAGUAUUGUACCAGGUCCCUCGGCUACGGGUCCACCCACACCCCAUUUAGCUGAAUCUACAUAUUCAAAACAACCUGCUGCAGCAAAACAUAGCACAAAUAUACACAGUGAAGAGGAAGAGGAGGAAGAAGACGAAAUGGCUGAUUCAGACAGACCACCUAAUAAGAAGUUCUGCUCCUUGUUCUUUGGAUCCGUGCUUCCCCCAUCUUCUCAGAUGAGUACUCAGCCAUUGACAAACCAGGAAGUGCUGGCCAGCGACAGUGAGGAGGACACUUAGGGCAGAGUGACAGUGGACUGAUGGGAUAGGAGCUUAAAGAGUGGGUAGAUAAGUGUCCACUUUUAUCUCCAUGAGAAACCAUGAGACCUGGACUACUUGUAAAACAUGAAGAAAUGGACAUCUUGAACUUUUCAUUUUCAUCAUUACUGGCUUGUACAAGUGUUUUUGUUUUUACCUGGAAAAAACUGCGGCGAUGACGUCAGUGCAGAUUUCUGUAUUUCAUCUUUUUUAUUGGAUUAUUUUGGUUAUGAUUGAAUACUGGGAUAAUGUAAAACUAAACACA